AUGUUCGCUCGUGCUGCCUCUACUUUUGUGCUCGCUCUCCCCCUCCUUGCGGCCGCCAGUGCUGUUCCCCGUAACGACGGCCCAUCCAACCAGUGCAACACUGGCAGCCUUCAGUGCUGCGACUCUACUCAGAGCGCGACCUCGAGCUCAGUCGCAGGCCUGCUCGGUCUUUUGGGCGUCGUCGUCGGCUCUGUCACCGGACUCGUUGGAGUAAACUGCUCUCCCAUUAGCGUCGUUGGCAUCAGCGGAAACUCUUGCUCCGCUCAACCUGUCUGCUGCACUGACAACUCCUUCAACGGAGUCAUUGCUCUCGGAUGCUCCCCCAUUAACCUCAACUUGUAA